AUGACUGCACCCGGAUCUGAGCAUUGGCUGGCUUCAACUGCCCCAACAGAAGGCAGCCUCGAGCAUCUCCAACAGCAAUAUGCUGGAUACUGCCAUGCACUCAUGUCAAGCCUGGCCGACGCAGAUAAAGCCCAAGUAACCCUCUAUGAAUUCCUCGCAACAAAUUCCGAUACGUCGGAGUUUAUCCAGCUCGUGGACCGGAGCCGGCGGAUCAAGGAGUUGUUGCAGAACUCGGACUUCUCAUCCACAGUCUGGGUCCCAAGCAACAUUGCACUUCGACGACUGAGAAAUGAGCUAUCCGAAGAAGAUAUUCUGGCUCUCCUUCAAAGGCACAUCUCCCCAUGUUUUCUUCCAAUUUCUUUCCUUCUAACAGCCCCAACCGUCGACACGUUAUUUUAUCCAGAUCGAUUGAAUGGUACCCAGAGAAUAACGGUCCGUCCCUCACUCAACGGCCUUUGCGUCAACUCCCACGCGACCGUUAUUGAACAAGACCAUCUCGUGGCAAACGGUCUGGUCCAUCUAAUGGACCAAGUUCUUUCGCCGCGGCCCACCAUUGGAGCUUUCCUUGCUGCUCUGCCGCCAUCCGAUUUUGACCUGUUUCAGUCUGCAGUGAAGCAGUCUGAAGCCGUGCAAAAUAUUUUGGAGGAUGAAUCUCGCCGCGGCGGAACCAUUUUCGUUCCCACCAACGAAGCCUUCCGCAAGCUGCCUGAGGAUGUUCAUACUUUCCUCUUCAGCGAUGAAGGGGCUAUAUCUCUUCAAGCUCUGUUGAGAUAUCAUGUCGUUUCCAAUCAAUCAUUGUACUCAAUCGUCUCUACGAUCAGAACUCGGCGCCAGAGCAUUUCAUACAGAUGCCAGAAGCUACACCUGAUCAUACGAUUCCUACCACUGAGACACAGGCGGAUCGCUUGUGGCGUGUACUCAAGGGAGUUCGUCGCUUUUCCUUGCCUAUGUGCCUAG